GUGUGUGUGUGUGUGUGUGUGUGUGCGCGCGCGCGCUAAACGCUGUUCAACCUCGCCCUGGCAACAACAGUAAUCCGCGAGCUGUGGACCGUUGCCAAAAGAGCUCGCGCUUCAUGCUGCAACCCCCCACAUUACCAUAUAAGGCCGACAGGAAUCCGCUGCGGCAGCCCUGCUUGUGUUGUAUCUGGGUGAAGGGUAAAAUAUGCUGCUUUGCGCAUGCGCUUUCUCGCGCUAGAAGAGAUUAGAGAAACUGGAAUGAUCGCGCAUUUAAGAAGCUGCAGAGCAGAUAGUGCACUCUAAAAGACCAUCCUUACUUAUUUUUUGGGAGAGAUAUGGUUAAAUGUAAGUGGGAGUGUUUUUAUUCGUGUAAAAGAGGAAGGGGGUUUAGUAUCUAGCAGUAGUACUCUUUCAGAUAAAUAGCAAGGCAACCAAAAUUGUAGAGUAGACCCAAAAGGCCCGUUUUGUUUGUUCGUCACUUGCAACACCGAGAGAUGCCAAGACGCUGUACAGCCUCAUUUGUUGAAUUUUCUUAGCUUUUGUGUAAUGAUAGUGUUUUGUGUGUGGAGCAAAGGAAGUGCCACUUUAGUGGACGGGUUUGGGUGUAAAUCCACCAAUCAGGGCGUUUAUAGACUUUAUUUUAGAGAAUAGAAAAAGGAGAGAGAAACCAGUUUCCCCGGUGGGCUGCGCCGCGGACAGACUGGAAUAUUCCACACAGGGGAUUGGCCUCUCCGCGGGACAGCUGUCUUUCUGCACGGCGACAAAAUAUUUCAACAAUUUGCUCUUUGUUUAUUGAUAAGCGAGGGGCUUUGUGGACACCCUGUAGGACAGAUCCCAUUUUCUCUACAGACUUUAUGCAAAUGUGAAGCUACGAGUUUCACUCUGUAAGUCAAACAAGCAGAUUUUUAUUUGUUAGAAAUGGAUCUUUUUUAUAGCACAACACUGGGCUCGCCUCUGUGGACUCAAAGGGAGACAGACGAUUUUUCAUUCCUACUGAUUUAUUUAUUGAGUCAUCGGAAGCUUUGUCUUUUGUUCAUUCUUUGGGUGUAGUCACUUUUUAAGGAUUUCCCUUUUUACUCUUUUCUAGCUCUUAAACUUUCAUGUGAUUGAUUUUAAUGCCUCACAUGAUAUGGUGACUACACUGUGUGCUCUCUCAAUGUGUAAAUAAAUAGUGUCUUUGUUUUUAUGGAGUCUGGGUUAAGUUGUAUUUUGUCAUUUAUUUAUUGAGCCUAUGCUUAAAGCAGCAGUUUAUAUAAAAACACAAAUGGGUAUAAUUUAGAUGUAGCAAUAUAAAUUUGUACAUAGAAGAUAUAAAAAACUGUAAAUAUGUCCUAUUUUAAGCAGAGCUAGCCAUAUCCUGUAUGGUUAAUUACCACCUUCUAGUAAAACUUGCCCCUAAAACGAAACCGGAGCUGAUUUUAACAUUCCUCUCUUAUCACCAAGGUUAAACCAUGAUCACAAACCUUUUUUUAUAAACAACAUUAUACCCUCGACACACCUCUCAGGCAUCCAUGUCCAUUAAUAGCUGCUUCUAGUUUUUCCUUGAUCUUUAACAGAGCCAUCACAUCUGGAGUAUGUUCAGCUGAUCUCAGAGCAGCUUUCUAAUCUUGAAUUAUUUAUAUUUAAUUUACUGAUUUAUUUAUCAUUUGGUGUCAGAUUAGAUUUAAUGAAAUUACAGAGAUAGGAGAGAGUACCAGGUUGGGUUCAGUGAUGAAUAAACAACUUCAAUUCCAAGUUAUGAAGCACUCUAAUCUGAAGGUGGUAUUGUUUUUAGAUCUAUAAGAUGUAAAGCAUCAUUCAAACAUUAUGGGUUUCCAUGGAAACACAUUUCAUGAGAUCAGGUCCACACACGCUUUCAUCAGAGCAUCCCAGGUUGGACAUUUAUGACUUAACUCCAUGUUUAUUUCUAAUUCAGCUGAAUCCAUGUCAGCUUGGCUGUUUUUUUCCCCACUCUCCCUUCCUCCCACACACCCACGCUCAGUCAGCAGAGGCAGUGCCUCAGUGUGUGAGCACACACACCCAGUGUGAAGUGAGUCAACGCUCACAGAAGAGGAAGUAAGGAACAGUCAGAAUCAGUUGCUUCAGACGUGCAACGGCAUGCAGAGCUCUCAGAUCUGAGCUGGAGGAUGGGACAGGAGAGGAGUGUAGAGGGUCUAUUGGAAACAACGUCAGAGUGACAGGAACAGGAAGUGGUGAAGCACCGAGCUACCAUGAGACCUGCCGGUUCCUCUGUCUUCAAGCCGCAUCUGAAUCAUCUCAGCCGUUCCAAAUGUAGAUUAAUCAGGUUUUAAAGAUUUGAUCAAAAUCUGGAGGAAACAACAGCCCAGCUCUUCCUGGCACCUGCUGUCUGACCUGCUUGGAGGCAAAUAUGACCCAGAACGGCUCCGGACCCGUUAAUGAUAACGGAAAAAAGAUAGAGGAAUUGAAGUUUGUAAUUGUAGGAGAUGGAGGCUGUGGGAAAACAUCUCUCCUCAUGGUUUAUGACAGAGGUGAUUUUCCAGAGGAAUAUGCUCCAUCAGUGUUUGAAAAGCAUGCCAAAACCAUCUCUGUUGGAGGGAAACAGAUCAAACUUAACCUGUAUGACACAGCUGGACAAGAAGAUUACGACAGACUGAGGCCGCUUUCAUACCAGGAAGCAAAUGUGGUUCUGGUCUGCUUCGACGUCACCAACCCCACCAGCUUCGAGAAUGUCUUGAUAAAGUGGUACCCAGAGGUGAAGCACUUCUGCGGGGACACACCGGUGAUCCUGAUUGGCUGCAAGACUGACCUCAGAAAGGACAAAGAGUGCACGAGGAGGCUGAAAAGCCUGAAUCUGGCCCCCAUCACUUACAUACAGGCCGAGAACACCCGGCAGGAGAUGAACGCGGAGCUCUACCUCGAGUGUUCAGCUAAACAACAGGAGAACGUGGAAGACGUUUUCAGGGAAGCAACACAAAGAGCGCUGGCCUUCAUUCGGAGGCAGAAGAAUCGCAAGAGGAAGAAAAAAUGUGUUGUUUUAUGAAGAUAAAGCUCCAGUUUCCCCACUGCUGUUCAGGAUCACUUCUCUCAUUUUGGAGAGGCUGGAUGCCAAAAGCUCAGUGUUCUGGUCAGAUGUGAAAAUGACAGGAUCAGAUCAGACUCAGAACUUUCAGGCCCCACUGAGGUGUCGCCCAGUCUUCCUUGAAUGGUGCAAUGCAAGAACUAAUGACGCAAAAGGAAACAUGAUAUGCUGCAGACAACAUGUCAACUUCCUUUCAAUGCAGUCAUCUUUUAUUAGUGUUAAUUCAACUUUUUAUAUUGACAGCACAUUGCACUGUUAAUUACAGCAGGCUGUAUUUCUGAAACAUUUAUUUAUUGGAGAAAGUUGAAUAAGUAGUUAGAUUUUCUCAUCUCUGGCAAAAAAGUAAAAAAAAAAAAAAAAAAAAACCUCAAACAAGCAAAAAAGUAAAUAAAAAAAAACUCAAACAAGCAAAAUACAAGUAUUUAAACCCAGCUAGAGUUACGAACAAAUCUGAACCUGCAGCUGGACUCUUAGCUUUACCAACAGCGCCCACUAGAGGCAGAAAGAGUACACUGGCUGCACAGCGGCAGUUCAAGUAAACCAGACUGUUUACCAAUAAAAUAUACUUAAAUAUGAUCUGAAAAUGCACAUGACACAUUUGCAUAUCUGUUUUUAUUGAGGCAUGUUUUUGUAGUUAAACAUUUGGACACAAAAAAUGGCUUUGUGUUACUGACCCCUCAUCCAGGUGCCUUAUACAGUCAUGAAAUGAGAUCACAUGAUUAAAAACAUGGACGACUUA